AGCUGACAGGGAAAGCGGCUGUUCAUAGACGAGCUUCAGACAGACUAGAUAAACGUCGCCACACUGCUUCAUCAGGAUGUCUGUGCAGUUCUGUGGCUGGGAGGUGGUGGAUGAUGGUGCCUCUUUUUCCGGUGUGGAGUUGGAACAUUCCCAGAAACCCCAAAACCGUGGAGUCUACACUAUGUACCAUGGCACCAGUAUUGCCAGCGCACGUCACAUCAUUUCCAAUGGGUUUCAACAGUCAACAAAGGGCAUGCUGGGAAGGGGAGUGUAUGUCAGUCGUGAUAUAAAAAAGGCAUCUAAUUAUCCAUUGAACAGCUUGACUUCAGACAGGAUGGUCUUUAAACUGCGUGUGCGUGUUGGCCGCGUCAAACGUAUCGACCAGGACAACCAUCCCAUGCAGUUCAACUGGAACAGUCAUGGCUAUGACACCGCCUGGGUGCCCCCCAAGUGUGGUCUCAGUGCUGUGCGCAGCGGCUUAGAGGAGGAUUGCGUGUUCGACCCCAAAAGAGUCGAGGUGGUAGGAAUCGCAAAAGCCCCUGACAGCAACACAGAGCGCGAGCUGAAGCAGCUUAUUGCAAAGUCAUCCAAAGGCCCCGCAAACGGAGGAAAGGGUGCAGAUUUGUGCCCACUGUGUAAGAGGAAGACCCAGCAGGGCUCUCCACACAUCACACAGCAGUGCUGGAAGUGUGGAAAAAACAUCUGCAUCCUCAUGGCCAAGCACUUCUGUCCAGUCAUAAAUGAACCUGUAAGCUUCCUCAGGAUGUCACUGCAGUUCUUUGGCUGGGACGUGACCUAUGAUGAUGACUCCCCUCGUGUGGAGCUGGGGGCCUCUCAGGCGCCCAGAGACAGCGGUGUCUACACCAUGUACCAUGGCACCAGCAUUGCCAACGCACGAAUCAUCAUUGCCAGUGGCUUUCGACAGUCAUCAGGUGGCAUGCUGGGAAAGGGUGUGUAUGUCAGCCGUGAUAAAAGGAAGGCAGAGCGUUACCCAUUAAAAAAUAACCCUGAUGACCGCGUGGUCCUCGAGUUAGGUGUGCGCGUGGGUCGUGUCAAGCGUAUUGACCAGGACAAUCAUCCCAUGCAGUACACCUGGAACAGUCAGGGCUAUGACACCGCUUGGGUGCCCCCCAAGUGUGGCAUGAAGGCUGUUCCCAGCGGUCUGGAGGAGGAUUGUGUGUUUGACCCCAAAAGAGUGGAGGUCGUAGGAGUUGCAAAGGCCCCGAGCACAGUACUGACGGAGCUCCAACAGCUUGUAGCCAACAGAAACACUGCCAGGGGAGAUGGGAGUGCAGCAUCACAUGUUGGUGGUGCUGUGGAUGUGUGCUCACUGUGUAAGAGGAAGACACAGACACACUCUCCACACAUCAAGCAGCAAUGCUGGGGCUGCGGGCAAAACAUCUGCACCCUCAUGACCAAGCAUGUUUGUUCAGCCGGUAACUGAGGGUCUUAUGCACUGUGCAACUUAGAAACAUGGAACAUGAGCAUUUUUAUUUUGUGAUGAGGAAAUUAAAGCCAUUUUAUGUAAUGCGCUGGAAACAAGUGUCAACAUUUUGUUUGAGGGUUUCUUUGGUUUCUUCCCUUUACAACUAUACCGUGUUCGACUGUUAUUGAAUAAUAGUUUUUACUGAACACGUGUUGAGGAUCUUUAGAUGUUUUCUAUAUUCAAAGUACUGUCAAUGAUAUAACGCAUUCACUAUAUGAUAUCUUAUUUUAACCUAUCAGUAUGCAUAAGGAGUUUUACAAUCAAGAAGACAAUCUCACAUAUUGAGCAAAUUGCUUUUAUUUACUCCUGAACAUGGAUAUUGGAUGUGUUAUUUGAAGUACAUUCUGAAUAUGUGCCAAAGCUCAUGACUUGGAUUUCCUGAAUAAAAUCAAACCAAAGAAUA